UGUUCAGCCAAGCCCGGCCCAGAGACAGGGAGACCUGGAAGUUGCCAGCACUGACCCUGAUCACCAUUUGCAGUGAAUUCUGUCAUUCCUUGAAGCAACCUCAGGCUGUCUGCCACCUCCUCGGCCAGCUACCGUGGCCCUGGUGGCACCCCACCAUCCCAGUGGUCAGCCCCAUGCAGUCCCCGGUGGCCCCAGCUGAAGGCCUGGGCGGCGGUGGCGGUGGCGGCGGCGGCGGCUCUGCCCUCCCAGCCUUCAAGUUCCAGCCUCGCCGUGGGAGCCUCGACUGGAGGCGCAUCAGCGCCCUGGACGUGGAGCGGGUGGCGCGGGAGCUGGACGUGGCCGCCCUGCAGGAGAACAUAGCCAGCGUGACCUUCUGUGACCUGGGUCGCGAGGCCUGCAGCCGCUGCGGCCACCCCGUGGACCCCGCUCUGCUCAAGGUGCUGCGCCUGGCCCAGCUGACCAUCGAGUACCUGCUGCACUGCCAGGACUGUCUGAGCGCCAGCGUGGCCCAGCUGGAGGCCCGGCUGCAGGCCAGCCUGGGCCAGCAGCAGCGGGGCCAGCAGGAGCUGGGCCGCCAGGCCGACGAGCUCAAGGGCCUGCGGGAGGAGAGCCGGCGCCGGCGCAAGAUGAUCAACACCCUGCAGCAGCUGCUCCUGCAGACCGGGGCGCACAGCUACCACCCGUGCCACCUGUGUGACAAGACCUUCAUGAACGCCACCUUUCUGCGGGGCCACCUGCAGCGGAGGCACGCAGGCUUGGCGGACGGUCGUGGCGGCGGUGGUGGAAGGCAGCAGCAGCAGCAGCAGGAGCGACCUCUGGAGGAGGCCCUGGAGGAGCUGCGGGCCAAGCUCAAGGACACCCAAGCGGAGCUGGAGGCCCAGCGGGAGGCCGAGAGGCAGAGGCAGCAGCAGGAAGUGGAGAUCAUGCGCCAGAGAGAAAUGGAAGCUAAGAAAGAAUUUGAGGAAUGGAAAGAAAAAGAGCGAAGCAAGUUUUAUGGGGAAAUAGACAAGCUGAAACAAUUAUUCUGGGAUGAAUUUAAAGUUGUUGCCAACCAGAACUCUACGCUAGAAGAGAAGCUGCAGGCCCUGCAGUCUCACAGUGCAAUGGUGUCCCACCUCGGAUCCCUGCGGGAUGAGGAGUCGGAAGAGAGGCUGCAGCAGGCCCAGGAGCUCCAGGCUCUAAGGGAGCAGAUGGAGGUUCAGAAAACAGAGUGGAAGAGGAAAAUGAAGCAACUUCACAGAGAACGGUCAGCGGAAAGGAGAGAGCUGCAGGAGGAGAACGAGAGGCUGCGGGCCUCCCUGGCCCAGGAUGAGAGGAAGAUGGACGCCCAGGCCCAGCGCCAGCUCAGCGCCCUUCGCGCCCAGCUGCAGGAGCAGGCCCGGCGCCUGGCCGCGCAGGAGGACAUGAUCCAGACCUUGUCGGCCAGGAAGGUGGAAGGGGUACAGGAGCCGCCAAAGGCCGUGGAUGGGGAGGAGGACUCGUCUGAGGAAGAGCUGGACGAGACCCGGGAUGACCCGCGGAAGGUCCUGGAAACCCUGAAGCAAAACCCCGCGUUGCUGCAGCAGUUCCGGCCCGUGCUGGAGGACACGCUGCAGGAGAAACUGCAAGGCUUGGGGAUCAAGAGGGAUGCAAGAGGGAUUUCGGUGGAGACGCUGGGGUACCUGGAGUCCGUGCUGCGCACGCAGCGGGAGCAGAAGGCCCGGAGGUUCGCCGAUUUCUUGACUCUGAGGGCCAAGCUCACGCAAGAAGCCACCAGCAGAAUGACACGGAGGGGACACUCUGCGGCCGCCCAGCCCGACGGCCCACGGGGGGCCAAAGGCCAGCAGAGGGCACCAGCCCCCGGACAGACCUGGCUGAAGAGCUGCCAGCCUGCAGAGCCCCCCAGCACCCUCACGACCACCCCCACCCCACGCCCCAGGUCUCAGGCAGCCUCCCCGGCCACCCGGGCCACCCCGGGACUCAGACUCAGCAGCACACCCCCCUUCAGCUCCCCUGAAGAGGACUCAGGGGAAGAUAGGGUCCAGCAGAUGGCGCCCCUGCCCCCCAGAGCUCCGUCCCGGCCAGCGCCCCCGCCCCAACAAGCCCUGGACUGGUCAGACACUGAUUUCUCAGAGGAAGAAGAGGAUGGUUCCGGGGGCCUGGCUUCCUCAGGAACCCUGGUGCAGUCCCUGGUCAGAAGCCUUCAGAAGCAGCUCGAGGCGCCGGGCAAGAAGCCUGCGGGCGGGGUCAGCGUGUUCUCCAGGCCCAGCCCCGGGCCACAGAGCGCGGCCACGGCGCCCACGGCCACGGCGGGAGGGGGGCGGCAGCUUUCUGAGGAGGAGAGCGAGCUGGAGCUGUCUUCGCUGGAAGAUCUCUCGCGGCCCCACUCCCCGCCCCACGCCAGCCCCCCGGAGCGGGGUCACCCCGGCCCUCGGCCCUGGGGUCCCCACAGGGUCCCCGCCUGGUGACUCCGUCCCCCCCCGGCCCGCGUGACCGCCAGGGCAAGGCCCGUGGCACGGGCCCAGGACCGCCUCCGGGAAGCCCAGGGGGUCCUGGGGUGUGGCGGUGUGGACGUGGCUCUCGCUCCGAGCCGGGGUUCUCCGCCUGUCCCCCGCUGCUGCGUG